AUGAGCGAGAACCCCGCCGAGGCCCCCAAGAAUGAGGGAAAUAAUGCCGAAACUGCGGACGUGAAGAAGGAACCUAACGAGGCGGUCGAAUAUGAUGAUUUUGGUCUGCCCGUAAGGAAGCGAAGGCCACGGACGCCGGUGGAGGACAGUUCCGACUCGGAAGGGGAGAAGUUUGAGGAUGCCGUAGCUUCCACAGCCACCAGUCCAGACAAGGUCGCGGAAGAGGGACAAGUCAAGGCAGAGAAUACAGAGGGGAAGCUUUCAGAGGUCGCAUCUGAAGGCACUGAGAAGGAAAGCGAUGCGCUCCCACAAGUCAAUGGGCAGGUGAAGGAGCCCAUGGAUACAGCCGACCCAAAGGCACCUAAAGACAAGCCAGUAGAAACGAAGCAAGAUACACCCGAGGCUACACGACCUUCCGAGACCACCGAAACGUCCACGAGCACAAGUAUAGCACCUCCUCACCGCCGCCAAACGAGCGUCCCGACCGUAUCCGAGUAUUCACAUCAGCAUGCAGUCAUGCAGUCGCAAACAGAUGUCAAGGAAGAGAAGAAGGAAGAGGACGACGGCGAAUGGCAGACGAUGCCAGCAUACGCUCGAUACGACAUGUACGACGACGACAACAGGCUCAUUGCGAAGGAGAACACGGAAGAACUAGAAGACAUGCAUGGCUAUGGCAACGUCGGAGGCGCUGCCAAAGGAUAUACAAGAGUCAUCAUGGAUGAUGAUGCUGACUCGCAAACGAGCAUGGACGACAACACCGCGUACCUGUUCAAGGAGAGGAGUACUGCCCUGGCCGACGAGGACGAGGAGGGUCGUGAUCCGCUCUCGCAAAUGCAGGCGACAAAGAACCUCCUUACCGAAGGACAGCGUGUCGCAUAUGUUGGAUUGGUACGUUUGGCCAUGGUAGAAAUGGAACGCAAGUUUUCAGAAUUCGAGACGACCAACAGGAAAAUGAAGAAGCUACUCGAGCUACAGUCAGGAACAACAAAGAUGUGGUCACAGAAAAUCAUGGUCAAGAUUUAUGGGCACAUGGAUAUUAAUGCUUCUGAGCAAAUCAUGAUCGAGCAACUGUCUGAACAUGGCGUGGUCCCCGCAGAUCUUACGCCAGCACUAAUGCAGAAUGCUCGAGUAAAGAAUCCGGCAGCAGAAGAGGUGGAGACGGUAAAUGAGUCGGACUCUGCCAGGCCGUCUAUAUCAUCGCCGCGCCCUGGUUCACUAGUUAAAGAUUCAAAACCGAAGAGGGCAUCGACGACAGAAUCGCAAGACGACCUACAAACACCGCCCCCUCCACCGUACCAAGAACAUCAGGACGACGAUUUCGAUUACCCAGACGUCAGAUCACCAUCACAACUUCCCACCAGCAAAAACCUAGACAUCGAUUUGCGGUGGACCGUCUUAUGCGACCUGUUUUUAGUCCUCAUUGCCGACUCUGUUUAUGAUUCACGCUCAAGAGAGCUAUUUGAGCAGGUCGGAAAGUAUCUCAGUGUAGACUGGCUGGAAAGCUGCCGCUUCGAGAAGCGUGUCACGGAUGCUUUGGAGAUGCAAGAGCAGGCAGACAAGGAGAACUGGAACGAAGAUGAACAUAUGGUCAACCGAGCUAAGCGGGCACGCAACAAGCGAUUGGCAUUUAUGGGUCUUGCGACUGUCGGUGGUGGUCUCGUUAUUGGCUUAUCCGCUGGCCUACUCGCUCCAGUCAUUGGCGCCGGUCUCGCCGCGGGUUUCACGACUAUAGGCGUAGCAGGCACAAGUAGUUUCCUGGCAGGUGCUGGAGGUGCCGCCAUCAUUACGUCGACUGGUGUAGUCACGGGUAGUACUGUUGGUGUACGAGCCAUGAACAGACGCACAGGUGCUGUCAAGACGUUCGAGUACCGACCGCUCCAUAACAACAAAAGGACUCAUCUCAUCAUCACGUUGGCGGGCUGGAUGAACGGCAAAGUGGACGAUGUCCGCUUACCGUACAGUACUGUGGAUCCCAUCAUGGGCGACAUAUAUUCCGUACUAUGGGAACCUGAGAUGCUGAGGAGCAUGGGUGACACCAUCAAUAUUCUUGCCACCGAAGCUCUCACACAAGGUCUCCAACAAGUUUUGGGAAGUACCAUCCUCACAGCCCUCAUGGCCGCUAUGACGCUUCCUCUGGCUUUGACUAAGCUCUCUUACCUGAUUGACAACCCUUGGAUCGUUUCGCAAGCACGAGCAGACAUGGCCGGAUUGAUCCUUGCAGACUCCCUCAUCGAUCGCAACCUAGGGACAAGGCCUGUCACUCUUGUCGGUUUCUCCUUGGGGUCAAGAGUCAUCUUCUCAUGUUUGAAGGAACUUGCAAAUCGUGGGGCAUUCGGCAUAGUGCAGAAUGUCUAUAUGUUUGGUACACCAGCAGUAGCCAAGCAUGACGAGUACAUUAGGGCAAGAUCAGUCGUGCCUGGAAGGUUUGUCAAUGGGUAUGCUACCAAUGACUGGAUCUUGGGCUAUCUGUUCCGUGCAACAAGUGGUGGAGUAAUGCGCGUAGCUGGUCUAGCACCCGUCCAGAUCCCGACCAUCGAAAACGUUAACGUAACCGAACUGGUCCCUGGUCACAUGGCCUACCGUGCUGCCAUGCCCAAGCUACUCCGCGAAGUCGGCUGGUUAGUAGAAUCCGAUGAGUUCGCCGAGAUCGAGGACCCAGACCCUGAGAAUCACGACGUACGCCAACGCGAACUUAUCAAUGAGAUCGAGGAAGCACGAAGAGAAUUGGAGAAGAAAGCGCAAGAGAAAGAGAAAAGGGGUAGCAAAUUGAGCUGGUGGUCGAAGAAGAAGAAGGACAAGAAGGACUGGGAGGUCUAUGAUGAAAACUCCAAUGCCGCUCCACCAGGCCACCGGAAGCUGGACCAAGACCAAGAUCCAGCGAAACUAGCGGAAAACCAGGUCAUGUUCGACAUCGACGCAAUCAGAAAGGAGGUAGCCACCUUGGCUGCAGAAAGCAAGGAAUACAACGCCGAAGCUGAAUUCGAAAUCAAAGAAAUCAAAAGCACGCUGCCGCCUAUGAAAAUCGACAUCGCAACUGUAUCGCCAUCACAAACAAGUCCGUACUCUACGCUGAGAGAGACGAAGAGUUACAAUGACAGUCUAGGCGUAUCAAGCACAGAUCCCAAAAAGACGACUUCUUCUUCCCCUUCAAAUGGCCGUUACGAAGAAUACGACGAAUUCGAUGAUCCCGGCGCAGGUCAAAUGGAAAUGACAUUCGACACUUCUUUCCGCGAUCCACCAACAUCUACCUCGACCCCCAACAAUAAAUCCCCGUUACCUCUGUCACCUCUACCCGCGCAUCCAAAUCGCUCCGGCACCUCCUCGCCCUGGGACUCCACGACACCUAGUAAAAACGGAUCUGCUGCGCCUUGGAACCCCGAUGCACAGCCUUCUUGGGAUGACCCUACGCCUGCUGAACGUCCGCCCUUGAGAUCUGCUAAAACGGAAUCGUACGCGAGUAAUGCGGGUGCAUCGUCGGGGGAUUUGGGUCAUAAUGCUUGGGCUGAUGAAUUUGAUGAUGACUUUGGACAGGAGAAGGAGGUCAAGAUGAGUUUUAUGUGA